UUGCAGAAGCCGGUGAGCCACUUAAAGAGAAGAGAUUUCUCAUAUUUAUGCGUAUGUGAUACAGAAGAGAGGUCUAGAUAGUUCCAGGAAUGGAUAAAGUAUUCAAUAAGCUCAGGAACUUGGAUGCUUACCCCAAAAUCAAUGAGGAUUUCUACAACCGUACUCUCUCCGGCGGUGUUAUCACCCUCGUCUCCUCCAUCGUUAUGCUCCUGCUUUUCUUCUCCGAGUUCAGUAUGUUUCGCUCUUCUCCCAGCUCGAUUUACCCGUUGCGAUAUUUCUGGACUGUAUCUCCAUACUGUUACUGAGACUAGGCUUAUUGUAGACAAUUCAAUAGGAGAAAAAUUGCAUAUCAAUGUUGAGAAGCCUUUACAGAAGCAUGGUGGCAGACUGGAGCAUAAUGAGACAUACUGUGGUACAUGCUUUGGAGCAGAAAUGUCAGAUGAUGAUUGUUGUAAUUCGUGUGAAGAAGUUCGUGAAGCACACAUAAAAAGAGGCAUUUGAAUAUGAUUUUUCUUAAGGUUUCACUCUUUAUCAACCUGUAUAAGCGGAAAGCGUUGUCCUUAUAAUUUUAUUUAUUGUGCCUCUAUGAAGAGUAAUUUUUUGAAAUA